AUGCAGCGCUACGGUUCGCAUGGCAACUCUCCCGAGAGAGAGCCUCUCGACGCCUACCAUGGCCCCCCAAGCCCUGCCUACCCCCACGAGACUCCCUAUCACGACAGUGUCUCGCCUCAGCCUCAGCACUACCGCCAGCCUCCGCCUCCUCCAGUGCCCUCGCACCAGGACCACGGCUACGAAUACGACGACGACGGCCAUGCGCCUCCACCGCCUCAGCACCACCAGGGCAACGCCGGCUACUUUGCCAGAGGCGAUGAUGGCCACUAUGACGGGUAUGCGCAACAGACCAGACCAAACCCCAACUCCCGUGGAUACUCCCAAAACAAUGUGACGCCCGGCUCUGACAACUUCAGCGACAUGGCCGCGGGAGGAAUGGCCGGCAUUGCCUACGGCGUAGCAGAGCGAAACGCGCGAGAGAGCGGCAUGCAGGCCAUGCACGGCGGCCUGCCUCCUCCGCCAUCCCACGCGCGAUAUCCCGACGGCGGCAACGGCUACGGCUUUGGCGGCUACCACCAGGACUCCGAGCAGGGCUCGCGCACCAGCUUCAACCCGCUGGGCAUGCCGGGAGCCAACAGCUCGCGCUCGCCUUCUCGCAGCGCACGGGAUUCGCGCAGCGCACGAGACCCCUAUGCCGACGACCACUACCCUCAGAUGUAUGCCGCGGGCUCUCGAAAUAGCAAUCCGAUGCUCGGCAUAGUCAAUCCUAAUGAGAUUGUGGACGACGGCGACGACGGACUGGACUAUUCCCGGCGUAGUCAGCGGAAUUCCACCCUCGGCGCGUCUGAUGCGGCAAAGGGAGCUGCGGCGGUGACGACGGCGGCUGUUGGAGCUGGAGCGAUUCGAAGUGCGUUGGGACGCAGUGCAAAAGCAGCCGAUGGCAGUGGCAAUCGCGCAGGAGGCGAAGGCGGCGGCAUCUUCGACAAUGGUAGCCCCGAAGAAAAGUCGGCCUGGAUGGCGCAGCACACCUCCCAAAGCAAGAAAUGGCGCUGGGCCAUCUCCAUCAUCGUCAUCCUGUUGAUUAUCGGCGGUGUCGUUGGCGGCGUCGUCGGAAGCCGCGUUGCCAACAAAAGCGGUAGCAAGUCUGGCAACGGCAGCGGCAGUUCUAAAGGCGGAAGUGGAAGUGGAAGUGGCAGUGGCGGCGAUGACGGCGGUGAUCUCAACAUCAACAGCCAGGAGAUCAAAGACCUGCUCAACAACCCCAACCUGCACAAGGUCUUCCCUGGAAUCGACUACACGCCUCUCAACACCCAGUAUCCCGCCUGCUUGACUGAUCCUCCUUCGCAGAACAACAUCACUCGAGAUGUGGCUGUUCUCAGCCAGCUGACCAACAAGAUCCGUCUCUACGGCACUGACUGCAACCAGACGCAGAUGGUCCUCCACUCCAUCUCUGCUCUCGAGAUGACUAGCGACAUCAAGGUCUGGAUGGGCGUCUGGCAGGACAACAACGCCACUACCAAUGCUCGCCAACUUGCGCAGAUGUGGGACAUUCUGGACAAGUACGGCGACGAUCCCUUUGAAGGCAUUAUCGUUGCCAACGAAGUGCUCUUCCGCCAGCAGUUCACCGUUGCCAGCCUAGGCGAACUGCUCGACGACGUGCGAACAAACCUCACCAAGAAGAAGUUCGAUCUCCCAGUCGCUACCUCCGAUCUGGGCGACGACUGGACUCAAGCUCUCGCCGACGACAGUGACUACAUCAUGGCCAACGUCCACCCGUUCUUUAGUGGAACAACGGCAACCGAGGCUGCUGACUGGACCUACAGCUUCUGGAAAGAUCACGACGGCCAGUUCUGGAAGUCCGACAAGUCCAAGAACAUCAUCUCCGAGACCGGUUGGCCCACUGGAGGCGGCCAAGACUGCGGCGGCCCCAGCACUUGCGACCACCCAGCCGUGGCUGGCAUCGACGAGCUCAACACGUUUAUGAGCGACUGGGUGUGUCAGGCCCUCGAGAACGGCACAAACUACUUCUGGUUCGAAGCCUUUGACGAGCCGUGGAAGGUCAUCUACAACACUGCCACCGAGGCAUGGGAGGAUAAAUGGGGCCUCAUGGAUGCCAACCGCAAGCUCAAGGACGGUGUGAAGAUUCCUGACUGCGGCGGCAAGACAGUUUCGUGA